AUCACAUGAUGUGACAAAGCAAGUCGCUACUUCCUGUUUAGCGUGCUUUCUAGUUCACAUCCAGACGGCCGCAGACAGUGCGACUACUGUACCAUCCAAGAUGCUGGCCCUCAUAAACAGGCUUUUAGACUGGUUCAGGUCCCUGUUCUGGAAAGAGGAGAUGGAGCUAACACUGGUGGGACUGCAGUACUCCGGGAAAACCACGUUCGUCAACGUGAUUGCAUCUGGCCAGUUCAGUGAAGACAUGAUCCCCACGGUGGGUUUCAACAUGCGAAAGGUCACUAAAGGCAAUGUGACAAUAAAGAUAUGGGACAUAGGUGGACAGCCCCGCUUCAGAAGCAUGUGGGAGCGCUACUGUCGAGGAGUCAAUGCUAUCGUUUACAUGGUGGAUGCUGCAGACAGAGAGAAGAUAGAAGCUUCCAGAAAUGAACUGCACAACCUUUUAGACAAACCACAGCUACAAGGAAUUCCUGUUCUAGUUCUGGGUAACAAGCGAGACCUUCCCAACGCACUCGAUGAGAAGCAGCUCAUUGAAAAAAUGAAUCUAUCUGCCAUUCAGGACCGAGAGAUCUGCUGCUACUCUGUCUCCUGCAAAGAGAAAGACAAUAUAGAUAUCACACUGCAGUGGCUCAUCCAGCAUUCAAAGUCACGGAGAAGCUGAAAGUGAAGUCCCCCAUUUGCAGCUAUGGCCUCAGCCCCCCCUAAUGGUCAUGGGUCCUCAACAGCCAUCCCUUUCACUGCCUCUGUGAAGUAAUCCAGCUCUCUGCUCACUACCAUCUCUAACUGCGCCACCCCAGUACACUACCAUAGAUGUGUAGCCCCUGUACAGCACUACCGCCACCCCAACUGUCUGGAGCCUUGAAAAUUUGUGUCACUGCUGUGCUGAAAGGUGGAUUGUCCAUACCCAUCAAGCCUUAUCUAUCGCACGUCAUAGCGAACAUGCUAUCUGUCUGUGUACAUCAAGGAUUUUUUUUCUCCUUACAACACAAGUAUCUAAUGAUGUUACAGUGCAAUGCACCCUGGCUACACUAGGAUGAAGCUCCUCUAAACCCCUAUUCUUUUGUCUGUCAACUCUCGGUGUUUCUGUGACAAGGUUGUGAUUGUAGAUUUAACCAUGACUUGCCAAAUAAUGAUGGUUGCUCAUGCUAAUGCCUUCAGUUCCUGAAAAACUCAUAGAUAAUGUAGCCUGCAUUUUAUUUGCUGGCGUAUGAAAGUAUCUAUUUUCUUAAGUGACUUAAAUUAACGUUUACACAAAACAUAAUGAUACGUAGAAGGGGAGACUAAAGUGAUUGUGUCUGAGGCAAAAUCCUAAAAUAGUUCAGCAAAAUUUCAAGUGCCUUUGGCGAAGUGAGUACUCCAACCAGAUAUUGCCCAAUGCAACUUAAACCCCACUUGGUAACGACUCAAUAUAAAUCACUUUACUGCAUCUAACACCACCCCUUUGACAAUCUUUUAUGUUUAUAAUCACAUAAAUGAAUUAUGAUGUCCAAGGAAAAACCAUGAAUGAAGUGAUGAAUGAUAGGGUUGUAAGGCUAAUGAGAAAUGUUACAUUUAGUUUGGUUGAAGGGUAAUUUGAAUGCUGUUUCACUUGUAGCCUGUGACUAUUUAUGUAGCUUGAAAUGUAGGCGUACUUGCUUGCAGCUCUCAGGUUGUUGGUGGAUUUAAAAAAAAGUCUCAACACUUAUGGGUGUGCCCUAGUGCUUGAUUUUUAAUCUUUGUGUUGUUUGGCUUGGAUAAAAGAAAGCCAGUGUUAGUCAUGAUGACUGCGCUCCAAGAAAACAGAAGACAGCCUAAUGUUUCAAAGCACUGGAUACUUGAUGUCAUCCAUGCCUUGCCACACAUUUUUCUGUUUCCUGAUGUUUUUGUUAAAAACCCUCACAGUCAGGGAUCAAGGCUGUCUCUAAAAAGCGAUACACAGAUCAACCCCUCUUUUCCUCUCAGCAACACGACAAUGAUUUCUCACAGGAUUGACCAUUGUAUAGUUAUCUGCUACCUGCUUGGCCAGUGCAUUUAAUCAGUUUGAUUUCUUUUCCAUGUGUGAGUGUUGCUGGAUCAGGGCUACAAUACUGUACGAAGGCCUUCAUGGCUUCUACAUUUCACUGUAAUGUCUAUAAAAUCCACCACACGCCCUCUGUUAUCUCACGUCGUUCUGUGUCUGUUGGUGAUCGUCGUAAUCCUAAAUGUUAAUUUUGGGACCACAGCGGCAGCAGUGAGGGGCUGUAAAAUGUGGGUGACUGUGUGGGAAAUUUGGGGAAAGCUUUGUUACUUGUGUAAUAAUAUAGCCUAUUUGCAAUUUGUAUGUGCAUGUGCUGAAUUUAUUCACAUUCAAUUGCAGACUUUGUACAUAAGAAGUUAGCAUUUUUAUUCCAACAAAUGCUCCCGUAGAUGUCAUGUAUUCUUCCCCUGUGAUUGCUAAUAAAUUUGUUUUUAUUUUUAAGGA